AUUCUUGGGAAGAGAUAUCAGAAAGCUGCUACCCAAGUAGAAAGGAGAAAGUGAGCGCUCUACAAAAAGGAGCAGUCUGAGUCUGUUGCGGCACAGCUGAUAGAUUCAUCGGCCGUUUGGGGGAUUCGUCGUACCCUAGAGCAAGCUGGAUGAAUCAUCACUGGAGAGUUCCAAAGCCCUUGAGGAGAGUCUCAAGACAUUCUUGGAGCUGUUGGAUAUUGGAAACAUUAUUACCGCUGGCAAGGACCUCCAAGCCGUCUUACGCUGACUGCAAAAGGGCACUAUCAUCUACAAUACUCUUCCCAAAUCCUAGAGAAAACAUGUUUGCUCCCACCCUCGUCAAGUUGUCUUGGAGAAGGAUUGUAUUACCUGCGCUGUCUAUACACAAAAAACUCAACGAUCAAACCUUUUGAAGACAAUUUCGUUCUUCAUUCAACUUCAAAUCUUGACUCGGACUUCUUAAACAGUAGUCAGAAGAUGCGG